AUGAGCAACCCAGGCGUUGGCGCUGGCGGUGCGACGGCGACGGUCGCGGCCGCCGCGUCACAGAAGCAGAGGGCGCUCCUCCAGAAGGCCGAUGCCGACGUCGGCAGCCUCGUCGCCAACUUAUCCGCCCUCAUCGACAUCGCCCGCGUGAACGACCCGCCCGUGCACAACUCGCAUGUGGCAUUCCAGAUGGACGGAAGGCCCAGUCAUUUAGUACAUUCAGGGGACUCUCUGUUGAAACUAGUGUCGGAACUUAAGAGGACAGCCAUCUUUUCUGGGCUUGCUUCUUCGAGUGAGAAUGUUGAUAGGAAGAUUGAGGUGUUCAGUCAGCAUGCAGAGGGGACAGAUAGAAUGCUGCAGAGGAUUGGGCAGGAGGCAGCAACAAGCCUUAAGGAGUUGGAGGCACAUUACUACUCAUCUGGUGUGCAGACUUUGCUCACGGUUGAGAUGCAUAUUAAAACAAAUGUGUGUUCUUAGUUGAUACAGGUGCAUAUUAGAAGAAAGCAGCAAUUGUAUAUGCUUGAUACAAUAGUUUAACAAGGGUACCAUCUAUGUUCUGUAAUAUGCAGUGAGUAGUCCAUGGAAAUACCACCAAGUCGAACAAGGACUUCAUGGCUUGCCACGAUCAGACUUUGAGUAGAAGGAUCUGCAAUCAAGAUUAGUAUUUAGAAACGACUGUUGUUACUUGAUAGUAGUUCAUAAGCAAUAGUUUAAAUUUCUUUACACCCACUUGUCCUGCAUACCUUUUAUUUUGCUGGGAUGAAAUGUGCUUCCUUCAUUAUUUGUGUUUACGGUCAACAAAAAUCUGGUAGGUGGCUCCUAUUUUUCUAAACAAAUAAUUGAAUAGUCUAAGGUUAUAUAUCAAUUGAUGAUUUACUGAUUGCAAUUUAGAGGGAGGAACUUAGCUAAUGAAUAGUUCAUGAAUGAAGAGUCCAGUAACAAUGUGUUUUCUGGGGAGAUACAAAAUUUCAUGUUUCCAUGUAACUAGUAAUUAACAAGUUUGCCUCUAUCAUCUUAGUUAAAAAAAAACAUGGCUCACGCCACAUACCAAGUGCUUGGAUGGAUUAAAACCUGUUUUGUAGGGAAGUUUGAAACAAAACUUGUCUACUGAAAAUCAUGGAAACUGUACCAGCUCAACAACUUGAUUCUUUGACUUGCUCUUAUAUGUUGAACCUACAUUCUUCGAGACAAUUUUGAUUCUUGACUGAUGACUGCAAACGUUAUAACUACUGUUGUCUCUAUCGCUAACAUUUUAUUGCGUAGUACGUUCCACUACACAUCACACCUCGGUACCUUCAAAACAAGAGCAACAUAUGCUAUUGUUUGGAGCCCACCAUAUGCCCGAUUAUUAUACAUAUGCCAUUGUUACAUAUAUGCAUGCCAACCCAUAUUAGCUAGUUACUCAAGUACAAUAAUCAUAAAAGAUAACGGUUGGCAUGCCUGAAUCAUAAAGUAUAGUUCCCGCAAAAAAAAAGAAUCAUAAAAUAUAGUCACCACUUUGGAAAGAGUACAUUUGAGUUUAGCUAAUGCAUAUGAGAAGAUGAUGACUAAUCUGCAAACAAGAUUAUAGAUGUAUCACGCAGACUUUUGAACAUGAUUCCACGGGACCCUUUAUGAAUACUAAAAUUCAAAACCAACAAAAGAAAAAGAAAAAACUCAGCUUUUUUUUAAAACAUACAUACAUAUACUCAUGUGUGAACUUUCACAAACAAAUGACAUCCAUGGUAUUCUGGGCAAAAGAACACUGCUUGAAUGAAUAGUAAGAUCUCGGUGCUAUUUUCUUAUUAACUAACACUAGUACAAAAUAGGGCUUUCGUCACAGGGCAAUAUUCACAUUAGUCCCGGUUCAGUCACGAACCGGGACUAA